ACUGGCCUCGAUCUCCAAAUUCGAUACAGCCUCUCUCUCUCUCUCUCUGAUCUGCCACGUUCACGGGAAAAACAUUAUUGGAAUCGGUGGUGCGCAUUUCGCUCACCUGCGUACUUCAGCAUACUGCAUCCUUUUCUUUUGCACUUUUUUUUAUUUUUUAUUUUUUAAGUAAAUCCUACUCGUGGUUCACGAAACAUGUCACUCACACUCGCAGAUUGAGCUGAAAAAAGCUUUAAAGCUUCUUCGUGUUCUUCGUCUGAAACCUGCAUUUUUGAAAGCUAGGGCUUGAACUUGUACUUUAUUUCUUCUUCAUGGCGAAUCGUGCACUUGCUUUGUUUUUCAUAAUGGCUUGUCUCCUAGUAAACGGCUCAGUUGCCCUCACAUUCUCUACGAAGCUCAUACACAGGUUCUCCGACGAAGCCAAGGCGUUGUUGGGGUCGAGUCGCGGUGGAAACUUUUCGGCGAAGCUGUGGCCGAAGAGGAACAGCUUGGAGUAUUUCAGGCUGCUUCUGAGAGGUGACGUGAACCGGCAAAGGAUAAAGCUCGGGUCCAAGUACGACCUUUUGUUUCCUUCUGAAGGAAGCGAGACCCUUUUCUUCGGGAACGAUUUCGAUUGGUUGCAUUACACAUGGAUUGACAUAGGGACACCAAAUGUUUCAUUCCUAGUUGCAUUGGAUGCUGGGAGUGAUUUGCUUUGGGUCCCAUGUGAUUGCAUACAAUGUGCCCCCUUGUCUGCCAGUUACUACAAUACCUUGGAUAGAGAUAUGAGCGAGUAUAGUCCAUCGUUAUCGAGCACCAGCAAGCAAUUACCUUGCAGUCACCAGUUAUGCAAAUUGAGCACCAACUGUAAAGGUCCAAAGGAUCCCUGCCAUUAUACUGCAGAGUACAACACAGAAAAUACCUCAAGCUCUGGAUUUCUAAUUGAGGAUAAAUUACAUUUGGCAUCAAGCAGUGGACAUGCAAAGCCGACUUACGUGCAGGCUUCAGUCAUUUUAGGCUGUGGUAGGAAGCAAAGCGGUGGAUAUUUGGAAGGAGCUGCUCCUGAUGGUGUAAUGGGAUUGGGACCUGGGGAAAUUUCUAUUCCGAGCUUGCUUGCCAAAGCAGGACUGGUUCAGAAUUCUUUCUCACUUUGUUUUGAUGACAAUGGUUCUGGGAGACUUCUCUUUGGUGACGAAGGUGUUGUCACCCAUCAAUAUACCCCAUUCUUGCCUAUAGCGGGAAAAUAUAAUAUUGCCUAUUCUGUUGGGGUUGAGUCAUAUUGUGUGGGAAGUUCAUGUCUCCAAGAAACUGGAUUCCAAGCUUUAGUUGACAGUGGCUCCUCUUUUACAUAUGUUCCAUCUAAAGCUUACAAAACAAUCAUCUUGGAGUUUGACAAACAAAUGAAUGCUACAAGGAUUAGCCCUCAACAGUAUCCGUGGACUUACUGCUACAAUGUCAGCUCAUUGGAGUUGCCUAACAUUCCUACCAUGAAACUCAUAUUCACUUCAAACCAAAGCUUUCUUAUCCAAAAUCCAGUUCUUUCUGACUCUGCGAAUCAGGAAUUCGUCAUAUUCUGUUUAACUUUACUGCAGACAGAGGAUGAGUACGGUAUUAUUGGACAAAAUUAUAUGAUGGGUUACCGCAUGGUUUUUGAUAGGGAAAAUUUAAGAUUGGGUUGGUCCAAGUCUAACUGUGAUGAUAUAAGUAAAGGUAAAGGGCUGAAUCCCGCACCUCCAAGUGAUGGAUCACCAGGUACAUUGCCAGCCAGUGAGCAGCAGAGCACGGCAAACACACAAGCCGCUGAACCCACCGCCAUGGCUGUCACAACCACCUCCACAUCCUCUGUUGCUGUAUUAUCCUAUCAGAUCCCCUAUCGGUUCUGUAUCCUAACUUCAUUCUUACUGCUAAUGUAUCCAUUCUCUACUUGAAAACAUGUUCUUUUACCAUGUAAAUUCCGUCUAGUCCUUUCAGGCUCUCCCAAAUUCAAAAGGGGUUUUGGUACCUUGUCUCCCUGAGGCUUUGUACUAAUUGUAGGCUAGCUUUGGGAAUUAGCUCCUAUUUGGUGGUAUCAAUUGUUUCUCGUUUAUGUGUUUUUAAAUGGUGUCAACGGAUCGUAUAUUAUAUAGUAUUAUUGUAUAUCCUCUUAAGAUUUUGAUUUA